AUGCUCCGCGCCCUCUUGCGUCCGUCUUACGUGCUGCGGGCCGCGUUCCUCUCCUCCUCCUCCUCCUCCUCCUUCUCUGCCGCCUUUCACAAUGAAGCGGCAAGCGAGGCGGCCAUGGCCGCCAACUCCCUGACCUCCGCAGCGGCGGCGUCGCUGUUGUUGUCACAAAACUCGCAGUCACACGACAGUGCCGCUGCGACCAUACACAUGCAGCAGACGGAUGCCGCCGCCGCAGGAGGAGGAGGAGGAGCAGCAGCGCAGGAUCAUGCAAACGCACUGUCCAUACUUGAAGAGAGCAACACUAGUGACCGCAACGGCGAUGUGGACUGUGUCAUGGACGGCUUCAGCUCUCGCCAUCUGGGAGAGGUCACGGUGGUGCGGGAGAAUGCGCCGUUCUCCUCGGAGACCACAAUGGCAACAGCCGCCGCUUCGCUGCCACGGCGCACCGAAGGCGACAAUGGCACUGGGGCACGGCGGCCGGUUAUCACGAAGGCCCGCCGAAUCCGUCUUGCCUCCGCUGCUUCGCAAGCAGCGGAGGUGCUUCAGGCUGUGGGCAGCCCCGCCACAGCCCUCCUGCUCAGCCAGCGAGUACAGCAGUUGCACGCCGAAGAAGCGCUGCUGAAUGCGUCGCUGCAGAGGCUCAAGGCGGAGCGCAACUUGGCAACGGUGCGGCACACAUGUGGCGAGGAGCUCAACAACUACCGCCACGGUGUGCAACAGCGCGAGCAACGGGUGGUGCGUGCAGCCAUGACCGCUGGUAUGCCCUCUCAGGAUGCUGUCGUCAGCUACUCCCAAGAGAGCGGAGGCAGCGCCAGAGGAGACACACUACAGACGCUCGUCGAGGCCGACCUGUUGGGGAUGCCCGCCACCGCCGAUGCAGAGGCGGCAGCAGCUGCGCGCAAGGCGGGGCCGAGAAGCGGCAGAGCCUCGCACACCGCUCCCACGGUGACUUCAGCGAAAAAGCGACUUCUUCGCCGCGGCGCCAUUGCAGCGGACAUCUACAAGGCAAAAGCGCCGCCAAAGCCACACACGCGUGCAGAGACCAAGCCAGAGGCUUCCAAGAGCAAAAAGGCCUCACCAGCUAAACAGGCAGCUGUGAAGGCACGUGCGGCAAAGCCAAGGAGGCAGCCUGCCGCCGCACGUAAGCAUGCAGCCAACGAAAAGGCAAAGGCAUCGUUACGUAUGAAGGUGAAGUCGUCCGCGGCGGCAGCCAAGGCUGUCGAAGCGAAGAUAACGCACAAGAGCAAGAAGGCCAAGGCAAAGACGCCAGCAGCAGCAGCAGCGGCAGCGGUCAGGGGUGCCGCGCGCAGACAGAAGGCGAAGGUCACCGCCGCCGCCGCCAUGAAGCCUUCGAGGAAACCGUCACAGAUGUCGGCCAAAAAACAGCGCAAGCCGCUGGCAUCCAAGAGGAAGUCCGCACCAGCACCACCCGCCGCGAAAGCCAAGUCGAAGACAACCAAGGCCGUUGCCACGAAGAAGCGAUAG